AUGAGCUCAAGGUGUCUCAAUGACGAUUCGCUUGGGCCCGGUGUUCAAGGGUGCCGCGGCGACUUCGAUUUUACUCUCCGAUUUGAGAGGAUAUUCCUAGCCAUCAUUCCCGCAGCCGUUUUUGCUGCGCUCUCGCUUCCCCGCAUCGCGUACCUCUCGCGAAAACCUCGGAUUGUCGGCGCCAAGACCGUCCAGACAAUCAAAUUGGCCAUCGUCACAGUAUUUGCUACACUUCAGCUUGCGCUCCUCAUUCUUCAAACCACAUCCAAUGGCUCGCGCAUCGAUGGCUUCGCCGUGGGCGCAUCAGUUCUCGGCUUUCUUGCCGCUCUCCUCAUGAUCGGAUUGUCCUAUGCUGAGCAUUCAAAGGCCCCGAGGCCCUCCAUGUUAUUGACGGGCUACAUCUUCUUCCAGAUUCUGUUCGACGUUGCCCAGACCCGGACCUCUUGGUUGAUGGCCAGGACCUUUUCGACGCAAUUAUUCGCCAGGCUCUUUACGGCCUCAUUAGCUGUCAAGAUCGUCAUACUGUUUGUCGAGGCUCAGAGAAAGGCAAAGUGGAUUGCCUGGACCGCAGAUGAACAUAGCCCCGAGGAGACGAGCGGGCUCUUCAGCUUGGGCGUCUACUUCUGGCUCAACCGUCUCUUCCUCUAUGGCUACCGCAACGUACUCACCAUCAAGGACCUCUAUGCGCUCGAUCAAGGCAUGAUAGCGGAGACGAUGCAGGUUACGCUGGCCCAAGAGCUCGAUAAGGGAACGUAUCACGGUAAAAAGCAUGGGCUGGCCAGAGCCCUGGCCAAGGCUUUGGCUGUUCCGCUUUUGCUACCUGUAGCUCCAAGAAUCGCACUCAUUGGAUUCAACUACAGCCAGCCCUUCUUCAUCCAAACUCUCCUCGAGUAUCUCCAAAAUCCCGAUGCGCCAAAGAACGUGGGGUAUGGACUGAUCGGUGCCUCUGUCCUGAUUUACACCGGCAUCGCAAUCUCAACAGCGCUUUACUACUACUUCCAGCAGCGAGCUCUUUACAUGUCUCGAGGCUGCUUGUCUGCAGUCAUUUACAAGAAGACCACGGAAGCUUCGCUGGCGGGAACCGGAGACGCUGCGGCAGUGACGCUCAUGAGUACCGACACCGAGCGCAUCAUCCGCGGGUUCUAUAGUCUUCACGAGAUCUGGGCCAACCUUAUCGAGAUUGCCCUCGGCUGUUGGCUACUAGAGCGCCAGCUGGGCGCAGCUUUCGUUGCGCCCAUUGUUGUGAUCCUCGUCUGCACUGGUAUCACUGGUGCGGUCGCAAAAUUCACAGGCGAGCGGCAGUCUCGCUGGAUGGCCCAGAUCCAGAAGCGUGUGGGUCUUACUGCGAACGUCAUUUCCAACAUGAAGUACCUUCGCAUCUCUGGCAUCACGGGUCCGGUAGCCGAGUUCGUCCAGAGGAUGAGAGUUGAAGAGAUGCGGAUUGGGAACCAGUUCCGCUGGCUCAUCAUAGUCACUGCGCUCGCUGCUUUGGCCCCGAAUAUUGUCUCCCCAGCAAUAACUUUUGUAUUUGCGCAAUCCCGUCUGGAUAUCACAACCAUCUUCACCGCGUUUUCAUUCUUGGUUCUUCUUAAUAACCCACUGGCCCUGCUCUUCCAAUCCGUUCCAAACAUGAUUGCCGGCUUUACCUGUCUUGGACGGAUUCAGAAAUUCCUCGAAGCGGAACCACGCAUAGACUUCCGGCAGUCUACCCACUCUUCGGCAUGGAGUGAUAGGUUAUCCGAGGAAAGCACUUACAGGGACAAUCUGGAAGGAAUACCUCUGAGGCCGAUUGACGAGUCCGCGCACGAAGACUCAGAGAACAGCCCUCCCGACCCUGCAAUCACCAUUGUAGAUGGCAGCUUCGGCUGGGCUGCAGACAAGAUGGUGCUCCAGAACAUCACAGCGUCCGUCCCAGCAUCUCAGCUUACCCUUGUUGUUGGCCCUGUAGCAUCUGGCAAGUCCACCCUCUGCAAGGUUCUCCUUGGCGAAGUUCCGUUCAGUAGGGGCCUGGUCUCCGUCCCCUCACGCGCUGCUGCGAUCGGAUACUGCGAACAGAACCCGUUUCUAUCCAAUGGUACCAUCAAAGACAACAUUGUUGGGCAUUCCCCCUUUAACAAAGUACGAUAUGACGAAAUCAUCGAGGGAUGCAUGCUUUCCACGGACUUGUUGCUUUUACCGUACGGCGACGAUACGAAGAUUGGAAGCAAUGGAAUCAUGCUCAGCGGUGGUCAGAAACAACGCGUAUCCCUUGCCCGUGCUCUCUAUGUCAACAGCGACCUCUUGAUAUUUGACGACAUCCUGAGUGGCCUCGACAACGACACGGCAGCCGAAGUCUUUCGGAGGGUGUUUGGAUUGGAAGGUAUCAUCCGCCGGCGCAAGGCAACGGCCAUUUUGUGUACACACGCGAUUAAAUACCUCCCUCUGGCCGACCACAUUAUCGCCCUCGGUUCAGAUGGUACACUCGUCGAAGAAGGUACAUUCGAGGACCUGAUGCGUGACAAGAGAUAUGUUGCCAGCCUUGGAGUUACGGCAACAGACUCUGAUACGGACUCCGAUGCCGGGCGCAAAUCAGACAGCCAGGCCGCGCCAUCUCCAUCAUCGAAACCGAAGCCUUCCCCAGCUGUUGCUGUUGAGAUGAUGGAGAAGUCAAGGCAGACCGGUGACAUCAAGGUUUACAUGCACUAUCUCCGCAGCCUGAAUGUGACUUCUACUAUCAUUUUCAUGCUUUUCUCCGCUUCAUACGCCAUCUGGAAUACUUUUCCGACAAUCUGGAUGAAAUUUUGGGCCGAAGACAGCCUCGGCAAGAGCAGCCAGUACUAUGUUGGGCUUUUCGGCUUCUUCAAAGCCUUACAGCUGAUUUCUCUUGUGUUUGCUGGUGUGGCCGUGGUCAUCUACAUGACCACCUCUUCCGGCACUAUCCUUCAUCAACAAGCUCUGAAGACCGUCAUCCAUGCGCCGCUUACAUUCUUUACAACUACUGAUGCGGGAGUUAUCACGAAUCUCUUCUCUCAGGAUAUGACACUGAUCGACAACGAGCUGCCCAUGUCACUGCUGAACACCGUUUUCUGUGGGUUUGAGUCAAUUUUCAUGGGAGCCGUGAUUGCUAUUGCAUCGCCUUACAUGGCCAUCAGCUAUCCUUUCUUGAUUGGUUUCUGCUGGAUCAUCCAGAAGUUCUACCUCAGGACUUCUCGGCAACUAAGACUGCUGGAUUUGGAGUCAAAGAGUCCCCUCUACACACAUUUCCUCGACACGAUCAAAGGUGUCGCGACAAUCCGUGCCUUCGGCUGGACGAACAAGGACAUCGCGCACAACCAGCACCUACUCGACACUUCCCAGCGGCCCGCGUAUCUGCUCGCCAUGAUCCAACAGUGGCUUGUCGUGACGAUGCAGCUUAUGGUCGCUUGCAUUGCCGUCAUCCUCGUUUCCCUUGCCAUCACACUCAGAGCCAACUCUGGCUUCACUGGAGCCUCCCUAGUCACCCUCAUGUCGUGGGGCGAGACCAUUGCCAUGCUCAUUCGGUUCUACACCCAACUUGAGACGUCCAUCGGCGCCGUUGCACGUAUCAAGACGUUUUCUGAGAAGGUCAUCCCAGAGAACCUUGAGGGAGAGGAUGUUGAGCCUUCGGAAGAAUGGCCUGAAAACGGCCACAUUGACAUCAAGGGGGUGUCCGCCUCGUACAGCAAUGAACAGCAAGUGUCGUUAGACGGCGACAUGACGCCCCCCAGCCUUGCGCUGAAAGACCUUACCUUUUCCAUCCAGGCUGGCCAGAAGGUUGCCCUCUGUGGGAGAACCGGAAGUGGCAAAUCCUCCUUGAUCCUCCUUCUCCUUCGUCUUCUGGAUCCUGUCUCCACCUGUUCCCAAAAUAUCCAGAUGGACGGCCUCCCUUUCCACCGCAUAGACCGUUCGACGCUCCGCCGACGCAUCAUUGCCGUCCCGCAAGACGCCGUCUUCCUUCCCGAUGGCAGCACGAUCAAGUCGAACCUCGACCCGUUCGAAGUGGCCUCCGACGCUGACUGCCUCUCGGUGCUACGCACAGUGCAGCUCACCGGCUUCGUUGAGGAGCAUGGCGGCCUGCAUGAGGGCAUGAGCGCUGACAGCCUCAGCGCAGGGCAGAAGCAGCUCUUCAGCUUGGGACGGGCGAUCCUCCGCCGACGCAUCAAGGAUGCCAAGUUCAAGAGGCGCGGCGGCGGCAUCUUACUGCUUGACGAGGUGAGCUCGAGUGUGGACUACGCGACGGACCGGUUGAUGCAGGAGAUCAUCAAGGAGGAAUUUGGCAGGUACACAAUCAUCAUGGUCUCGCAUCGACUGGAUAUGGUGAUGGACUUCUUCGACUCGGUGAUUGUGAUGGACCAGGGCCGGGUCAUUGAGACGGGCAGUCCGGCCACGCUGGUUGAAGCACAAGGAAGCAGGUUUGGUGAACUGUGGGCGAUCGAGAACCAGGGCAGGUCGCGAGAGUCAUAG